AGAUGGCGGCGGCGGCGGCGGCGGGCUACCCAGCUGGGAAGGGGCGCGACAUUAGCCUGGCGGCCCUGCAGCGCCACGACCCCUACAUCAGCCGCAUCGUGGACGUGGCCAGCCAGGUGGCCCUGUACACCUUUGGCCACCGGGCCAACGAGUGGGAAAAGACUGAUGUGGAAGGAACCUUAUUUGUUUACACAAGGUCUGCUUCUCCGAAACACGGCUUCACCAUCAUGAACAGGCUGAGCAUGGAGAAUAGGACAGAGCCCAUCACGAAAGACCUGGAUUUCCAGCUCCAGGACCCCUUCCUUCUCUACAGAAAUGCCAGAUGUUUGAAAUGAGGUAGCAGUCGCCUGCCCAGAAUUCUGUCCCCAUUUCACUCUUGCAUCCCAUCUGACCACUCGUGCUGACUGUUGGGCGGCCCACAGAAAAGCGGAUGAGAGCGUUAGGAACGGCAGGAGCAUCUCCACACAGAACACAAGCGCACACUACAGCUGCUUAAACGUGUGUGCACGUGCUC